AUGCCUACGUCAAAAUCAGCAUCUGAGGACUCCUCCGCAUCCACCGUCGAGAGGGUUCGCUCGGUAGACUCGGACAUAACCCAGGGGUUCUGGAAAGUGUUCCAAAAUGCUAGUCGAAAAUUAGACUCUCUUGGCGUAGAAACAAGAGGAAUAGAACGAAUAGAGGCUUAUGAAAGAUCUACAAACAAAACAAAACAGCUUAUCUCGGUUAUUGGGUUGUGGUUAUCUGCCAGUGGGGGCUUGAGUUCAAUGUCAUCGUUUUUUUUGGGACCACUUCUUUUCGGAUUGGGACUUAGAAAUACUCUUAUAGCCGGUUUGGUGGGCCAUAUUUUGGGUUGUGCCAUCGCUGCGUACUGCUCGCUCAUGGGGCCUCGUUCGGGGUGCCGGCAGAUGGUUGGUGCUCGGUUUUUGUUCGGAUGGUGGUUUGUAAAACUUGUCAGUUUGGUGAGCAUCAUUGGAGUCAUGGGGUGGUCGGUGGUAAAUUGUGUGGUUGGUGGCCAGAUUUUGGCCAGUGUGAGCAACGACAAGGUUCCGCUUGUGGUGGGGAUCAUUAUUAUCGCGGUGGUGUCGCUCGUCGUGGCUAUUGCUGGUAUUCGCCAAUUGAUCAGAGUGGAAGCUUUAUUGAGUAUUCCUGUCAAUUUGGCUUUUUUGCUCUUGUACGUGGCAGCUUCGCAAAAGUUUGGUUACCUUUCCAACGACAAUAGUCCUGAAAUUGCUCACGAUCCAGCUACAAUUAGGGGAAAUUGGUUAUCGUUUUUUUCCUUAUGCUACUCCAUCACCUCCACUUGGGGCCUGAUUGCGUCCGAUUACUACAUUCUUUUCCCUGAAGAUACUCCAGACGUUCAAAUCUUUGCCCUAACAUUCUUUGGCAUUUGUAUCCCUACUACAUUUGUUGGCGUGGCUGGUUUACUCAUCGGUAACGUUGCUCUCUCCUACAAACCAUGGGGAGAAGCUUAUGCCAAAUUGGGGAUGGGAGGCUUGCUCCACGAAGCGUUCACUCCAUGGGGAGCCGGAGGGAAGUUUUUGCUAAUGGUUAUCUUCUUAUCGUUGAUUUCUAACAACAUUCUCAAUACCUACUCUGCUGCCUUUGGCAUCCAAUUGGCAGGCGUGUGGCUCGCCAAGGUUCCUCGCUGGGCGUGGGCCUUUGCCAUCACCGCCGUAUACUUGGUGUGUGCUCUUGUGGGCAGAAACAAAUUUGCAACCAUUUUGGGGAACUUUCUUCCUAUGGUGGGGUACUGGAUAUCGAUGUAUUUCAUAAUUUUGCUUGAGGAAAACACCAUUUUCAGAACAAAAUGGCUUGUUCAUUUAUACACCAAGGAAUUUGAAGAUUCUGAGCCUGAAAGAGUCAGAGGUGGUACCGUUACUCGCCGCAAACACUACAAUUUCACCAUCUGGAACGACUACUACAAAUUGACUCGCGGGCUUGCUGCCACCGCUGCUUUUGUCAUAGGUGCAACCGGAGCCGCCGUGGGCAUGUCUCAGACAUACUGGGUGGGUCCGGUUGCUCGGCGAAUAGGCGGAGAGUUUGGAGGAGAUAUUGCCAUGUGGUUAUGUAUGGGGUUCAGCGGAGUUGUUUACCCGGGAUUACGGUACUGGGAGUUGAAGCUCUUUGGAAGAUAG